CCAAGCAGCCAAAAGCAGCUCCAAUAAGCUUGGUGAAACUGACUGAAGAGUUUAAAAUGCAGGUGAGGUUAUGAUUGCGGAGUAAUGAGUAACAAUGGUCUAAAGAAUGAUCGCUGGUGGUUCAGCUUGAUGAUAACAAAAAGCAGAGGGGUAAAUUAUCUGUAAUGAGUUAUUUGGACAUGAAGCGUUUCGAUAGAGCCUGAAAGAACUGUAUGUUGUCAGGUGACGGUUGAAUUUGCACUCUGUCAAGGUUAACGGCAAAAUAAAAAGGUUCAUUUGGUCAUUACGUUGGUGGCUGGCGAUCAAGUAAUCCAUUGUUUAUCAGAUGAUGCUUAUUAUUGAGACCAUCUUACCUUUAAAACUUUUUAACAACUCCACCAUGCAUUACCUUAAAUUUUGUCAUUGUAGUUUUUGUGUGUUUGGCUUGCUUCGUGUUUUUCUUUUCUUUUUUUUUCUGUUGCUUUCUCACUUCGUUAAAUAUCGACAGAAAACCAUCGUGGCCGUACUGGAUUGCCUUAUUUCUCCUCGUUGGCCACACCCACCAUGUCUACCAUCUGACAUUGUCCCGUGCCUGUCAUGGGAACAGCUUCAGGAUACACCCACUCACUUUCAAGUGACCUAUGACAUCCUGGAGAGUGACGUCAACGGCAGAUUCCCGGAUGAUGCUGAAUAUGAGUAUACGCCCAAAUCUUGUUACUACAAUUUGGCGAAGCACUGUCAACAGACAUUGAAUAAGGAAAUUUUAAACCACGUUGUGAUCAAGCUGUUGACAGAAAGAAAAUGGAACAAAUAUGCUUCGUUCUGGUUCAGGGUUAGAGGAUUGAAUUAUUUGAUUUUCCUGGCGGUCCUUUGUACCGAUUUCAUGUUAGCUGCGACGUCAGUGCGUCCAGUGGAUCAUCAGACACCAAGUUCCUUUACAUUUCUUGAAGGUUGGGCUAUCGCUAUGACAUUAUGGUUUCUGCUCGAUGAACUCUCAGAAUUACAAAGAGAGCCACUUGCCUACAUCAAAGAUGUCUUUAACUAUUUGGAUCUGUCAGGAUACUCUCUAAUUCUUGUGACCUACGUGAUCAGAUUUUUUGGAAAUGGCGCAGAGUGGACAUUUGCUUCUUUGGCGAUCUUUAUUAACUUCAUUGGUAUUUUUAAAUAUGCAGGGUUUGAUCGAAACAUCGGUCUGUACAUAAAAUGCCUUGGGAAGGUCGUUUACAAGGACAUUCCAAGAUUUCUGGUCGUGUUCUGGGUCAUUUUGAUGACAUUUUCAGUCUCAUUCUACAUGGCUAUGAGAGCGGAGAAUGGCACAGUUACAGGCCGAGUACUCAAUAACAACACGCUCAGAAAUGAAAUUUCAUGCACGACUAGCGUAGGAUGCGUGAUUUUGGCUGGUGUGAUGACCUGGCUCGAAGGAUCGUCCAUUGUUCGUAAUCUGUCAGAAGUUGGAUGGCUAGGAGCACUGCUGACCGUCGUAUUCAUGAUGAGUGUGACAAUAAUUUUGUUGAACAUCCUGAUCGCUCAACUUUCGCUGACUUACGAGCUGGUCCAGGAGGAGUCACUGAAUUCAUUCAUUGCGCUGAGAAUGCAGGCCGUGGCGACUAUUGAAUGGCAGAGCAGGUUUAAGUUUUGGGUAGGUAUUCAUGAUGCGAUAAAAAGCUAUAAAGGAAAAAAUGUAACAAAAGUAAGAAAAAUAUCGUGCGUCCGAAGCCAGUUAUCGCUGGGAACUAACUCUUCUGUAUUGUCAAAAAUUAUUAGGAUACUUUUGACUUCUUGUUCAAAACGUUUUUGCUCAUGAAACGCCCCACUGGCAAGGCUCAAUAAAGUAUGUAGGUAUUUCUGUUUACU